CCUCUCACUCCUGGCUUAGUCUGUACAGUCUGCGCAGGGAACAGGAAGAGAGCGAGAGUGUGUAUGAGUGUGCGCGUGAGGACGGGAGCUCGCUGUACUGUGGUCGGGACUGAGGGCAGCCAUGGGGAAUUCACAGAAGAAGGGCCCCGGUCACGGAGAGGGAGGGGGACCGCACUCUCAACCUGGGACCCCGGGGCGCAAGAGGAACCAUGGAAACAGCACAGCCAACUCGAAGGAAGUCCAAGGGAAGAGCCCGGCAGCGAAUGGCACCCUUCCAGCCGGCAAGAGCCAGGAUGAGCCUCAGGGCUCUGGUCCGGCGCACAGUGCCACUGCCAGGGAGAGCUGUAAUCUGGACGCCCCGUGCGGGGCCCUUCCUCCUCCACUGGCCAGGCUCAAAAAUGAGGGCAAUAUGUUGUUCAAAAACGGACAGUUUGGGGACGCACUGGAGAAAUACACACAGGCCAUCGACGGAUGUAUAGAAGCUGGUAUCGACAGCCCAGAGGAUCUUUGUAUCCUGCACUCCAACAGAGCUGCUUGCUACCUCAAAGAUGGGAACAGCGCAGACUGCAUUCAGGACUGCACCAGGGCUCUGGAGCUCCACCCCUUCUCUCUAAAGCCCCUCCUCCGGCGGGCGAUGGCGUAUGAGUCUCUGGAGCGCUACAGGAUGGCCUAUGUGGAUUACAAGACAGUCCUGCAGAUAGACAUCAGCGUGCAGGCGGCGCAUGACAGCGUGCACAGAAUCACGAAAAUGCUGAUCGAGCAGGACGGUCCUGACUGGCGAGAGAAGCUGCCAGAGAUUCCAAUGGUUCCUCUGUCUGCACAGCAGCACCGUAAAGAUGAACCCAGCGCAGAGGUUCUGCAGGCCCGCGCGGCCAGAGCCGAACAGGAGAAAGCCAGAAAAGCAGAGGCUCGGUUCAACCUGCUGAAACAAGAAGGAAACGAGCUGGUGAAGAACAGCCAGUAUCAAGGUGCAGUGGACAAAUACAGCGAGUGUCUGGCCAUCAAACCUAGUGAAUGUGCCAUCUACACUAACAGAGCGCUGUGCUAUCUCAAGCUGGAGUGUUUCACAGAAGCCAAACAGGACUGCGAUUCUGCACUUCAGAUCGAGCCAAACAAUAAGAAAGCGUUUUACAGACGAGCACUAGCACACAAAGGCUUAAAGGACUACCUGUCAGCUAGCACUGAUUUACAGGAAGUACUGCAGUUGGAUCCGAACGUGCAGGAGGCCGAGCAGGAGCUGGAGAUGGUCACUAAACUGCUCAAAGAAAGUCUUCUGGCUGAUGCUCAAGGUUGACAUCGAGGCAAUAAAUGACGAAUUGAGCAGAGAGCUACAGGAAGAACAGACCCUCCUUCAUUAAAGCCAGACACAGCGGAUCCAGCGAGCCUGACAAUUCCAGCUCACGGAUCCCACAGUCCCGUCACGAGGGCCCAUUCCUCCUUAGACUGUCAUGCGCCGCAACUAAAGUUUCCCUUCCAGCAAAACACUCAUCUCAUAUUCUCCUACGAAUAUUGUCUGAUGCAAUGCUGACAAUGCAAAGCAUGCAAACGGUUCAUACUCUAUAACUCUGGCUUCGGUAGGCACGUGUGAGCAUGGCACGGCUGGGAAGCGUCUAACAAAACGGGAUUCUCGGGUUACGAUGGGACGACUGUCAGGUGUAUGUGAGAGAGAAUGUGCCUUUUAUAAGAAGCUGUGGCUCACGUAUGGAGUGAUUUAACACUCUCAGACAAAAAUUGUAUAGGAUGAUUUAAUUUGCUACAUUUAAAAUGUCUCAUUUCUCAGGACUUAAUAUAUUUUUAAUAGCUGUUCCAUUGUAAUGUGUAAUAUACGCAUACAUGUAGCUCAUGUAGUGUAAUUUUCUUUUGACAUCUUCAAGCCUUCAGCCUAACCAUUGUCUCAAUAUGCAUAGAUAAAACAGGUUCUCACAAGGUAUGAAUGUGCAAUAAUAUUAGAUGUAGUUUUUCUUUGGGAUGUCAGCAAAAAAUAAAUAUGUUUCACAGAAAUAAAUUUGCAUCAGCUAAAUAAAUGGCUUUAUAAAUUA